AUGGUGAAGCUCACACUUCUCUCUCCAAAAGGCAACAAUGGCGUCCGCUUCUUUCCCUGCAGUGGCUAUCUCGGCUUGACACCUCUCAAGUUUGAAGGAGUCGUCCGAACUGAAAUCGAGCAGGAUGGAAAACAUCUCCCUGCCAAAGAUAUAACAGUCUUUGUUCGCUGUUAUGAGUUUCGUCACGGCCGCUUGGGCACAGUACAAUCCAAUAUUUUGGUAGAGCACUCCGUCUCGUUAUGGAGGAAACCAGACAGCCAAGACUGGGCAGAUAUAGGAAAUGCGGAAUAUCCAUUCCGCCUGUCCAUGCCACUUCAUACUACUGGACCUAGCACAGCUCUUUACUUUCAAGAGUAUCGAAUAUGUUGGCGAAUCGAGGCCGUCGUCAAUCACGCUCCCAUUCCGGGUGUCGGUUCUCGCUUGCUUAAACAUUAUGAUCUCUAUUUGAUCCGCCAUAACUUACCAGGAAAUGUAUCUCCUCAUUCUCCGGUAACCCCGCCCCCAACAUCUUAUCUAUCCACCAAGUCUAAAGGUCCUUCACUCCGCUAUCGUAUCAUACUACCUACUAAACCCGUCGGCCCCCUCGACAUCGUUUCUUUACAAGUCACCGUCCAACCACUCGAUCAAGCAGUAUCCAUUCGCAGUGCGACUGCCGUCGUUGAAAGAAGAAUACAAUUCUCCGAGUUCCCGACAUCGCCUUCUGGUACUUUGACACCAUCGGCCCCUACAUUAUCGUCACACUCAUAUCCCACAUCAAACCAAGAAUCAAACUCUCAUGAUCGUCACUCUGUCGCAGCGAACUCCUACGACAUUACAUCCGCAGCGUCAUCCUCCAAUGAUCUUCACUACCUUUCCUCAACCUCUUCCUUGGUAUCUGACACGCGACCUCUUCUGCCACAACAACAAUCAUCAGUGCCUAGUACCUCAUCAGUGACUCACACAAGCGAACGAACAACGACACAUAUUUUUGCUCAUCUUGAAUCUUCCCAUCGCUUCACUCGGGAUUCUACUGGAACCUGGCGUCAGACUCUCACAUUUUCUUGGCCCGAUACCAGUCCCAGUAGCCGAUGGACGGUUGGAGAAACGCUUCAGACCGGCAUGGCUUCUAUCAGGUUUUUUAUUCGCGUAAAGUUGAUCGUCUCCUCCCCUAACUCGAGCGCUGAAACGGUCGAGCUUGAUGACCAAGAAAUUAUUGUAGUCUCGACCAACGAGGCUCAGCGUCAAUUGGCUCUCUCACGCUAUUCCGCCGCAGGGCAGUCCAAGUCUAGGUCCCCCAAACGAUCAAAGCGAGAACGUCCAAAUACAAAUACUCAACUACCAUCACCGCCUCGUAGCCCUCCUGCAGUCGCCGAAGUACCAGAAAAAGCGCCCAUUGCACCUAAAGGCGGCCAUGAGCAUGAAAUACCACAUGGACAUAGUCACAAGUUUUCUUCUGUAUCAUCCCCACAAUCCGGAAGCAAGUACAAGCUGAAGUCCAUACGCAGACCCCACACUUCUGCCGGGCCCCGUGACACGCCACAUGGGUACGAUUCACGGGGAUAUAACCCUCCUCACAAUCAUAACAAUCGACACCCUGUCCCUCUGCGCCCCGAAACUGCAUACAGUGGACCCACCACUAAUGGACGCGGUACUCAUGGUGCUUUCAACCAGAAGUGGGUGGAAGCUCCACGGCUUGGUCAUUCUAGUUCAAGCGCAAGCUCGGAAGGAGCCCACUCGCCAAUACCUGAAAGUACUGCUCGUGCAGAUGGUAGCUUGUUGUUCGAGAAAGUCGGACAAGUAGAGAUGCGUGCGUGGGAGGAAGAACUAGCAAGAAUAGAAUUGGUGAGCCGCAGAAGUACUGCGGAUAUGAUGGAUUUUGUGUCCCAGCGGAGGAAGCUGAACGGCCAACAAGUCAUACGGACUUUUCUGCAAGCGGAAGGCUAG